CCCACAUCCGGGCACCAGGACCUCCAGUCCAAUGGUGUCUUCUUCCUCCCAGCCACACGGUUCACUUUGCUCUAAAGCACUAAGGGCUGAACUGGAAGCAGCUGAAAGUCCAGGCAAAUCCUGGUGUGUGACCAGGCAGUCACAAGGGGCACUGAGGACCAUCCUGAGAUGAGACUCUCGUAAGUCCCCAAAGCCAGGCAAGGCCUGUAAUCAACAUCAGCUUCCCCCUGUCACCAGGACCCGGACCAGCUCAGGAAUUGGGAGCCAGCUUCUCAGGCCUGCAGCCUCGGUUUCUCUGGAGAAAAAUCCAUGGGAGACUGGUUCAAGGCUGUUACAGGCCUUAACCCUCAGCCAUCAUCACCCACCCACCAUGUUGAAGAUCUCAUUACUUGCAAAGGACAACAGCAGCAAGCCCAAGUCCUUGGAUGACGGGGCCAAGUCACUCUCGGAGAGUAAUGGUGUCACUUCAGAGAGGAUCCAUCUUGGAGAGGAAGCCAAUGGAUUGUCGAUGGUGCAAACCUUGAUUCACUUACUGAAAUGCAACAUUGGCACAGGGCUCCUGGGACUUCCUCUGGCCAUGAAAAAUGCCGGCUUAUUGGUCGGUCCUUUCAGCCUGCUGGCCAUCGGGAUCCUCACCGUGCAUUGCAUGGUCAUCCUGCUGAAUUGUGCUCAACACCUAAGUCAGAGGCUGCAGAAGACUUUUGUGAACUAUGGAGAAGCCAUGAUGUACAGCCUCGAAACCUGCCCAAAUGCCUGGCUGAGGACACACUCAGUGUGGGGAAGGUACACUGUCAGCUUCUUAUUAAUCAUCACCCAGCUGGGCUUCUGCAGUGUUUAUUUUAUGUUUAUGGCAGACAAUUUACAACAGAUGGUGGAAGAAGUCCACGUGACCUCCAAAACCUGCGAACCCAGGAAGAUCCUGGUGCUGACCCCCAAUGUGGACAUUCGCUUCUACAUGCUGACGAUUCUGCCCUUCCUGAUCCUGCUGGUGUUUAUCCAGAACCUCAGGGUGCUGUCCAUCUUCUCCACGCUGGCCAACAUCACCACCCUGGGGAGCAUGGCUCUAAUCUUUCAGUAUAUCAUGCAGGAGAUUCCAGAUCCCAGGAACCUACCAUUGAUGGCAAGCUGGAAGACCUUCUUACUGUUCUUCGGUACAGCCAUCUUCACAUUUGAAGGCGUCGGCAUGGUUCUGCCUCUCAAAAACCAGAUGAAGCAUCCACAGCAGUUUUCCUUUGUUCUGUACUGGGGGAUGUCCCUUGUCAUCGUCCUCUACAUCUGCCUGGGGACACUGGGCUACAUGAAGUUUGGCUCGAACACCCAGGCCAGCAUCACCCUCAACUUGCCCAAUUGCUGGUUGUACCAGUCAGUCAAGCUGAUGUACUCCAUUGGCAUCUUCUUCACCUAUGCCCUCCAGUUCCACGUCCCAGCUGAGAUCAUCAUCCCCUUCGUGAUCUCCCAGGUGUCAGAGAGCUGGGCGCUGUUUGCAGACCUGUCUGUCCGCACAGCCUUGGUCUGUCUGACCUGUGUCUCAGCCAUCCUCAUCCCCCGCCUGGACCUGGUCAUCUCCCUGGUGGGCUCCGUGAGCAGCAGCGCCCUGGCCCUCAUCAUCCCUCCCUUCCUGGAGCUCAUCACCUUUUACCCUGAAGACAUGAACUGUAUCACCAUUGUGAAGGACAUCAUGAUCAGCAUCCUGGGCCUUUUGGGGUGUGUAUUUGGAACAUACCAAGCCCUCUAUGAAUUGACCCAACCCAUCAACCACUCCGUAGCCAACUCCACAGGUGUUUAUGCAUAAUUAUCUAUUUUUAUUCUGAUAGUUCUCCCAUAUUCCCAUUCCCAGUUUGACUUCUGUUGUGGAUGUUAUAUACAUUCAUCAAACCCCAGCAUCUCUAUAUUAAUUAGUGGCUUCUUUAUCUUUCCAAGAGAAAUGUAGAUGAUACAAGUCAGUACUGGUACCUUUCAGGCUAUGUCUUUUCUGGAUUUUGGAUUUCUCUGGAGGCCUUUUGUACCUGUGAACCAAAACCACAUUCAACCACUCGUAUUAUCUGCCUCAUUUAAUGGGAAAAAGGAUGCCAUUUGCCCACAUCCUUGAAACAGACCAAGCAUAAAUAUAAAUGUGAAAGCAGUUAUUCUCUCUAUCCUGCCCUUGAAGUAUCAGGUUUAGAAAAGUAUGUUGGGUGAAGACGAGUUUCUAUGGUUUCUAGAUAUGGUUCUAAGUGAAGAGUCACAGAAAAAAAAUAGAACUUAGUAGUAAUUUUGUCUAGCCAUUGGCUCUGCCACUGAUUUCCUGUGGGAUCUUGAGCAAGUUUCUCCCCCUCUCCAUCUCAUUUUCACAUUCUUUGAAAUGAAGGAUUAGACUGAUUGGCUAUUAAGGGCUCUUCCAGCUCUGACAUUCUGAAAGAAAAAAAAAAAAAAGAAAUGGACUUAUCCUUUUUAUCAAUUUUAUCAAUUUUCACAUGUGUGAAAAUUGAAGGGCUUUCCAUCAGCAAGUUACCCUGUUGCCCUGGAGAUAUGGGAUCCCAAAAGUAAAUUAAGGGAUAAAAACAUUUCUUAGCAAUCUUUCAUUACAAAUGACUUUCCUACUUAGAAGGAUAUCAGCUCUCUCUUUCUUUUCAUCUUCCUCUCUCUCUCUGACCCCUCUCCCUCCCCAACCCAUCCUACCUUCUCACAUACCUUAAGACCACUUAGAGCUGAUUUAGGCUAAAGAGACUGAGCAGUCUGUGUGACAGAAAGGAUUUCAUCAUGUACAAGGACUACUGACCUUUUAAAAAUAAUACUUACUUUUGGUAAGGGUUUGGAAAAACAGACAAUCUUAUAUUCUGAAGAUGGCAGAACACAUUUUUAUGACUUUUCUGGAGGGAAGUUUUACAAUAUAUGUCUUAAAAUGCAUAGCCCUCUGACCCACUAAUUUCACUUCCAGCGGUUUAUCUUAAGAAUCUUUUAUGUUUUCAAAAAUGUAUGCACUUUUAAAAAAAUUUUUUUACUUUUAAUUUUAUUAUUUUAUUUUUAACAGCACCGAGUCUUUGUUGUUGUACACGGGCUUUCUCUAGUUGUGGUGUGCAGGCUUCUCAUUGUAGUGGCUUCUCUCAUUGCAGAGCACAGGCUCUAAAGGCACAUGGGCUUCUGUAGUUGUGGCAUGCAGACUCAGCAGUUGGAGCUCACGUUUUCCAGAGUGCAGGCUCACUAUCUGUGGCACAUGGCUUUAGUUGCCCCAUGGCAUGUGGAAUCUUCCUGGACCAGGGAUUGAACCCAUAUCCCCUGCAUUAGCAGGCUUACUCUUAACCACUGGACCACCAGGGAAGUCCCUGAAUGCAUUGUUUCUAACAGUAAAGAGUUGGAAACAAAUAUCCAACAUUAGGUUAAACUAUGAUUCAUCCAAAAUAAAAUGCUGUGAUGCCCCCCAAACAUUGCAAAAUACAACAUUAAAAUGCCUAUGAUAUACUUGUGAUUUAUCGGUUUUUAAAAGCUGGUUUAAAACACUAUGUGAACCAAAGCUAGGCAAAGACAUUGCAAGAAAAUAAAGCUACAGAACAAAAUUCUUCAUGAACAUAGAUGUAAAAAUGCUAAAUAAAAUUUUAGCAAAUCAAAUUCAUCAAUAUAUUAAAAAGAAUAGUACAUCAUGACCAAGUAGGGUUUAUCCCAGGAAUAGAGGGUUGGUUUAUUAUUUGAAAAUUUGUGACUGGGAACAAUUAGAAACUGCACUUACAAAAGCACCAAAAACAUGCAAUAGUCUGGGUUAAUUCUGAUUAAAGAUGCGAAACAUAUGUACACCAAGAUCUAUAAAAUACUGCUAAAGGAAAUUAAGCCCCAUUCAGUCCCAUUACUUCAUGGCAAAUAGAUGGGGAAAAAGUGGAAACAGUGACGGAUUUUGUUUUCUUGGGCUCCAAAAUCAUUGCGGAUGGUGACUGCAACCACA